UAUUAAAAGAAGGUGACAAGAAUGGCGGUGAAGUUGAAGGGCAGCUACACGGUGAAGCCAGCAGAGCCAACAUGGGAAGGUCGACAACCUCUCUCGGAAUUGGAUCAAGUUGGCUGCAUAACCCACAUUCCGACAAUCUCCUUCUACCGGCGUCCGCAAAACAGUCAAUUACAACCCGAAACUCUCAUCAACACCGCGCGAGAAUCACUCAGCCGAGUCCUCGUGACUUUCUAUCCACUCGCAGGCCGCCUUCGUUGGAUAACCAAAGGCCGUCUUGAGCUCGACUGCAACGCAAUGGGGGCUCGGGUCAUAGAGGCUGAAACUGAAUCGAAAAUCAGUGAAUUCAUUGGAGAAUUGCCAGAAUAUCAUCAUCUCAUCCCAAAGAUAGACUACACACUCCCAAUCCAUGAAUUGCCUAUAGUUUUAGUCCAACUCACUAGAUUCUCUUGUGGGGGUGUAAGCAUAAGCUUGUGCAUAUCACACGCCGUGGUUGACGGCCAAAGUUUACUACACUUCAUCUUUGAGUGGGCCGCUCAAACCCGAGGCGAGCCGCUAAUGUUUCCACCAUUUCUCGAUCGAAAAGCCCUCCGUGCCGGAAUUCCCGCGGCAAUUGCAUCGCAUUCUCUCGAAAAGCCCUCAUUCAAUCUCCCAUCCCUCAUAACGGAACAAGAAGAGGUAAAGGAAAAAGAAAAAGAAGCGAGUUUGGCUAUUCUAAGGCUUAGCAAAGACCAAGUCGAGAAGCUAAAGAGAAUUGCAAAUCAGGGCCUAGAAAAUAACACUGAUACCAAAAACCGGGCCUAUACUCGUUUCGAGACACUGGCGGGUUACGUGUGGAGGUGCGCAUGCAAGGCAAGGGGCCACAAACCCGAGCAGCAGACUGCGUUAGGCGUGUGCGUAGACACACGCCGCCGCAUGACGCCCCCGCUGCCGUGGGGCUACUUUGGCAAUGCAAUAAUCGACGUGUUGGCGACGAGUGCUGCCGGAGAAUUGACGUCUAACCCGUUGGGAUACGCGGCUGGGAGGAUCCAGGAGGCGGUCGAGAUGGCAAACGGCGUGUACGUUUGGGGGGCAAUUGAGUACCUCAAGUGUCAUGAGGAUUUGAGGGACUUUCAGGAUCUUGGUGCGAGGUUGAGUGGGGAAAGGUUUCCUUUCUAUAAGAAUCCUAAUUUGGGAGUUGUUAGUUGGUUGUCGUUGCCAAUGUAUGGGGUUGAUUUUGGGUGGGGAAAGGAGGCUUACAUUGGUCCUGGAGACGUUGAUGGAGAGACGGCUUUCCUUGUUCCUUGUCCCAGUGGUGAUGGAUCAGUGGUUGUGGCUUUGUGUUUGCAAGCUGAUCAUAUGGAGUCCUUCAAGAAGCACUUCUAUAAUGAUGUCGUUUAG